AUGAUUGAAGUAGUUGUCUCUACUUGCUUAAUUAUUUUUAUUUCCCUACUCUUGUUUUAUUUUCUGUUAGUAAAACCACACAAUUAUUGGAGAGAAAAGGGAAUUUUCCAAGAGAAGACAACGUACUUAUUCGGAGAUGCUUUGAACUUUGUUUUGGCUAGGGAAAGCUUUUCCGAGUUGGUUUUGAGGCUCGGUAGCAAACUUCAACACGCCAGAUACUAUGGCACAUAUUUAUUUAACUAUCCAAUAUUGAUUGUUAAAGAUCCGGAUCUUAUAAAGGAUAUAACAGUUCGGGAUUUUGAGCACUUUACAGAUCAUAGUUCUUGGUUACCGGAAAAUGUGGACCCAUUAUGGGGCAAUAACCUGUUUUCAUUAAAAGGCGACAAAUGGAAAGAGAUGAGGUUAUUUUUCCGGGUCAUGUUCACCAGCAGUAAAAUGAAAUUUAUGUUCAACCUCAUGAAAGAUUGCGCCGAGAAUUUCGUCACCUUUUUUGAAGAAAAAGAAGAUGAGAUAAUAGAAAUAGACCUUAAGCCUGCUCUUCGGCAUUUUACCUGCGAUGUGAUUGCUACGACGGUUUUCGGUGUUCGAGCUAAUACAUUAAGGAGACCAAAUAAUACUUUUUAUCAAAUGGGCGUGGAGGCUACUAAUUCCAGUGGAAUUCGAUCCUUCAUAUAUUUAUUUCAUUUUGCUUUGCCGGAGUCUAUAAUUAAAUUUUUCGACAUAAAAGUAUACAGCAGCAGAGUGCGAAAUUUUUUUAUACAACUGUUGGAAAGUACCAUGGAAGCGCGGGAAAAGAAUGGAAUUGUGCGCCCAGAUAUGAUACAUAUUAUAAUGGAGGCUAAAAAAGGAGUACAACAACCUGCAGAAGAACAUGUUAUAGAUACUGGUUAUGCCACCGCUUUGGAUUCAUAUGCUGGUACCCAAGUAAAAUCUAAGACAGAUAUUACUAACACCGAUAUUUUAGCCCAAUCUUUGAUUUUCUUCUUUGGAGGCUUCGAUACGGUAUCCACUCUAAUGAGGUUUAUGGCUUACGAACUAGUGGUAAACCCUAAAAUACAAGACAAGCUAAGAGAUGAGAUUAACGAUACCUUUGAUGCCUGUGAUGGAUCUGUCACUUACGAAGAUUUAUUGAAAAUGAAAUAUAUGGACAACGUGAUGUCUGAAACCUUACGAAAAUGGCCCAGCGGUUUGGCCGUUGAAAGGAUUUGUACCAAGGCCUACCCUCUUAAAGCCAAACUACCACACGAAAAAGACGUAAUAUUACCAGAGGGCACCCUCGUCUGCAUACCUACCUUUGGCCUUCAUCGGAAUCCUGAGUAUUAUCCAGAUCCAGACUUGUUCGAUCCAGAUAGAUUUGACGACAAAAACAAAUCAACCAUUAAACCGUAUACAUACUUUCCUUUUGGUGUAGGACCAAGAAACUGUGUAGGUUCCAGAUAUGCUGUGGUGGAGGCUAAAGUACUCUUCUUUUAUUUGCUGCGUGUAUUUGAAUUAGUUCCAGUGGAAUCAUCGAAAAUUCCUAUUAAAAUUAAUAGAAGUAAUUUCCAUCUUGACGGAAACGGGUGGAAAUUUGGAUUAAAGAAGUUACAUACUAGCUUUAGAAAAUCAUCCAUGUAA